AUGUUCAACAUGGCCAGCUUCCUUUUAUCAUGUCCCGCUGUACCUUUCCCUCCUCCAUUGUACGGACACGGUUCUGGACUACCCAUCUCGGUCUACAACCUACAUCAAAUCCUUCUCUUGUUCCGAUCUUAUCAAUUCUACCUCUACCAACAACAAGUUUUAUCUCGUUUAUUUCCUUUAGACCAGUUCAUUUCUCUCUGUUAUAUCCACCACUUCCUCGCUUAUACCUUUGAAAUUAACUCGACGCCGCCAGUGAUCAUGUCCGAUAUCGACAGUCUCCGAUCAGUCUCACCUGAACCUGAUGAGUUGAUCCCUCACGAACAGUUGUUGCCUCAAGAUUUGGCCCCAGAAGCGGUGUCAGUGUCACACGUUUCCGAAACCCCACCACCGACGCCUACUAAGUUGCCGCGACGCAGACCCAAGAAGACUGGGAAGAAGUUCAAGUUACCAGUUCCAGCCACCGGUGAACUCAAGACUUUCAUAGACCAUGGCACUACUCGCGACCCACAGGGCUAUCCUCUCUAUCCGAACGGGGACACCAAGACGAAAGGGACGAAGGAAGGCCCUUGGAAGACCAUCUGGUAUGCUUGCCUCGGUGUCCUUCGUUGCGAUGACGAUUUUUGCGCGUAUGCCGCUCCUCCUCCAACCGCCGAAGGCAAAGCAGAAGAAUACGUCAAAGAGAAUCCUGUUUGCCCGGCUGUCGAGUGUAGCGGUACUCACAUCUGGACUCAAUGCCCACACACCAUAUGCCGAAUUGAUAUUCAGAAGGCUACUGGAUGGGGAGUCCUGCGGCAUUCCGGUGUCCACGCUCACCCUUGGCCUGCCUCGAAGAAGGCCGAUCCUUUGGCGAUGCUCGAUUUGACUGAGGAGGUAGUCAAGAACCCAAAAGCCGGACCCUUGGUUCUCAAGGCAAUGGUAGACAUUCAUCCUGCCUUUGCUAACGGCGGGCAAUUGGCUUACUUACGUCGCAAGGUCUUGGUUGAGAAGGGACGGAUUCCCGAGAAAGAGAGCAAGGGUGGCGGCGACAGGCUCAUUAUGGACCUAAUGCAUUGGGGCAAUCACGGGCGUCGCCUCAUAUCAACCUCGCUUCUUGGUUUGAACGUUCACAUCACGUUCCAGACGGAUUGGAUGGCUGAACAGCUAAUACGACGCGAUGCUCAUGGGAAGGUGUAUGGGGGCGGGCUCCUUUCCGAUGUCACUUACCGGUUUUUUCAUCAUGGAUACCUCUUGACGACCUCUAUGUACAGUGAAAUCCUCCAUCGAUGGAUCCCGGUUCAGCUUACAUGGAUGUGGGGUCUUGAAGAAAACCAUUACCGAGCCCACUUCACGACGCUCCUGGCCCAGAUCAAUGCAGCUGAUUUGACCUUUCACGAACGCGAUCUCCUUGUCCAACAGGUGGUGGACUUCUCUGCCGCGCAGAAGAAGGGCUUUGUAGCGGCCUACAUGGAGGUAUUCAAAGAACACGACCCCGCGAAGGCGUUGAGCAAACUCAAAGGGUGUCAUGAACAUUACCGCCAGUCAAUUACUCAGGUCAAGAAGAACCGAAACGUUGUGGCCGCAGGUCGUUUGGCCGAGUUCGAACGACUUGCCUUGGACCUUCUCGAACCCAACAAACCCGGAGACCUCACUCUCACCGACAAGUUUUCCCAGAUUGGCAGAUUGUUCCCCAAAGCCAAGGCUUGGAUUGACUGGUGGAACACCGCCGAUAUCCACAGCAUGUUGUUCUGUGCUCGGACUCGCCUCCCCAUGGAUGAUCCACCUCUGCCAGACGGUGAGGAUCCUCACGACUUUCCGGACACCACAAACGUUCUGGUCACUGUACCAUCAUUCAGGGAUUCAUCCAGCUGUUACUAUUUGCUGAAUCCCUCAAAAGGGAUUUCAACAAUGUUUUACGAGGGAUCUCAGUGA